UAUCUCUUCACUGUAUAACACAAACCAUUCAGUGAAAUAUGGCAACCAUGAACAAUAUGCUCAUGAUGUUAAUGGUGACUGCAAUUUUGUUUUGCAGCCACCAACAAGCGGCCACGGCGAGAGAAGUGGCCGUGGCCGAUGACAGGAACGAGUUACAACUACUCUGGCCAUGGGAAAUUCCAUGUUAUUUGACCUGGCCAUUCCCGUGGCCACCACCACCGCCAUGGCCAUGCCCUCCUCCACGUCCACGACCACGACCACGGCCACGACCAUGCCCUAGCCCUCCUCCACCACCACGCCCACGACCACGACCAUGCCCUAGCCCUCCUCCACCACCACGACCACGACCACGACCAUGCCCUAGCCCUCCUCCGCCACCACAACCACGACCACGACCAAGCCCUCCACCACCAUCCCCACCCCCUCCCGCCCCGAGUUCGAGCUGCUCAGCUAGUGACGAAGCAAAGAUUUACAAGUGCAUGUUCAACGAAACUGAAAUUGAUCCAUGCUGCCCAACAUUCAAGAGCAUACUUGGUGCAAGUUGCCCUUGCUAUAAAUAUGCAGAGAAUUUGGAUAAUCAAGUGUUAAUUACUAUUGAAUCUUACUGUGAUGUUGAUAGCCCUUGCAAGGGUGUUCAGGUGAUUAAGCUGUCCAAGGAGGAGGAGAAGAAGAAGUAAUUAAAAAUAAAGUAUUAGUGUUUAAUUCCAAAUCAUGUAUUAGUAGAUGAUUUGCUAUUAGUUAUCCUUUAUGUUGAAAGUCUCUAAGUUAUGUUUUUUGUCUUCCUUGUUGUGUUUCAGAAAUAACUUGACAUA